UACGCGCAGGCCGCCGAUCAGGGCAGCGCGAGGGGGCGGUGCAACCUGGGCGUGUGCCAUUGGUUCGGCAAGGGCGUGGAGAAGGAUCAGGCGCGCGCCGUCAAGCUGUACGCGAAGGCCGCCGAGCAGGGCGACGCAAGGGCGCAGUACAACUUGGGCGUGUGCUACGAGUACGGCACGGGCGUGGAGAAGAACGAGGCGUGCGCGGCCGAGCUGUACGCGAAGGCCGCCGAGCAGGGGGUGUCGGCAGCGCAGGGCAACCUGGGGGAGCUGUAUAUGGACGGGUUGGGAGUACAACAGGAUUGGGCUGCGGCUUUCCAGCUCUUCGAGUCUGCGGCCAAGGAUGCGGAGGCGUUGUCGUCGCGAGUCUGGCUCGCAUGGCUGCUCUGGCACGGACGAGGCACCGAGCAGGAUAGGCCGAGGGCCGAGCUUUUGUGUGAGCAAGUGCGUGGGACGGAGCGAUUCGCAGAGCGGCUCGCAAACGACUACUUCGCAUCGGGCGAGGUCUGGCCUGCGGUGCUGAAGUGGUUACAGGAGAUGAUGGUCGCCCCAGAAGCAACCCAGGCCCACAGAAACACCAGUUGA